GACACGCACACAGACCACGCGCACAGACAUUCUUGUUCUUGUUUUGGUAAUUAGGGCUUAAUUAAUGUAAAUUACGUGUAUGUAAUAUGCAUUUCGUAGUUAGGGUUUUGAGAAAUCUUCGCACAACUGAUUCCAUGAAAUGAAAUGAUGUGAGUCAUUAUGAUUCUAUAUAUGGAUGUACUGCAUACGAGAUGAUUUUAUUGAAUUUCCUUAUUGGAUUUGUUGUUAUGUUCAUUAAGAUUCGAUGUAAUUAACGCUGGAUUAUACUGAUUCAGUAAUCCUUUAUACCGAGCCAGGUGUUUAUCUCACAUAUCUUGGAUAACAUUUUCGUGUUUACUCUCUCUGUGACUGUUAUUGGUUUUAGUACUGAAGGAUUGUUUCGUUUUAGGAAUCAUACUCUGUAAGUUUUUCUGUUUAAUGUAAUAGGUAUUUUUGUGCUUUGAUGAGUUCUAGUAUUGCAACUUGCAAGUUUCAUGAAUGAAUUUGAGUUAUUUGUAUAUAACAAUAGGGUUGGGGGAGUGUACUAUAUUAGUGUUCAUUUGUACAAUGUUAGUUGUUCAUUCAGUUAAUUUUAAAUAGAAAUUAAUUUUUUCUGUGUAUAAUUUUAUGUAACUAUUUAGAUUGAUGCAUACAGAAUGUGGUAUUUGUCUUGUACAAGUGUCUCCCUUCUGCUGAUAUACUCUGUUGUGAUUGAAAAUAUGAUGUGCAGUUAACAUUUGGUCCAUUUUGUAAUGUUGGAAUGUGUUUAUUUACAUGGACUAUGAUCCCUCCAUCGAUUGUGAUUUCUCAUCAGGAGAUUUGCAAGUGCUUGUUAACGAGUAGAUUUCACUGCUCCAGCUCAUAUCUUCUCUGCUCAACUCUCUCUCUCUGGAAUCUUCUUACAGGAGAUUUGCAGGUGCUUGUUAACGAGAUGCCAAACGAGAUGGCAAAGGCUGUGAAGGAAGAAGGAAAUUUGCAAGUGCUUAUUAACGAGAUGGCAAAGGCUGUGAAGGAAGCAAAGGCUGUGAAGGACAAGAGUACUGAGGAGAGUUUGCUAAUGGAGUGGCAAAAUGAUUGUACAAAGCUUGAAGAGAUGGAGAAAUCCCUUAGCAGCGACUAUAACCAAGUCUUAUCCAAUCUUUAUUUGCUCCCAGGAUACGUGCUUGCUGUAGCAGCUGCUGUUUCUAGCCUAUUGGGAAGUGAGCCCCAGCAUUGUUGGUUGUUCUGUCACAUAGUCGUAAUUGUUUUCAUUUACCUGCUGUCCAUGUGUUUUGCCUUCCACCUCGCAUAUAAGCAACUUAAGAUCUUUGGAGGAAGGAAGGCAGAAUUGGGUCGUGAGAGGACUCGACUCCAUGAAGUAUUUCUGGCUAAUGGAAACAGUUUCCGUCCCCACACUCGUAGUGUAGAUCUGCUUUUCAGGAAAUUGCAAAGCUUUCAGACAGAAAACGUUCAAUUGAAAUAUCAGAAUCAGGGAUAUUUCGCAUACAUGGUACUUAGCACUGUAUGCGGGCUUUUGUUCUCAAGCCUACUUUUCUACACUGGUUUCUAUCGUCUAUGCCGUAGUCAGGACUCUGGUGAUCAGGACUCUGGUGAUCAGGACUCUGGUGAUAUUCUUAAAGUAAUCCUCAAUGUGUGGAGGAGGAGGAGGUACAGUAUCUUUCAGAUCCUUGACCGCAUCUCUAGAACUGUCACUGUUGGAUAUCAUGAGUGCCAAUGGUCUUACUAUUUCACCUUGCUUCUCAGGUAAAUCUGAUAGCUGGCCCUUCCCAUCAUAACACAAAUUUGCAACAGGAGCAUUUGUGCUUGUGUGUUGAUGGUCUAUGAAAUCUAGAGCUUGUUUGACCAUCUCUUUCCAACUACUAUAAUCAUCAUUAGAUGUAAUUUGAGGAAUGUAAGCAUGUACAGCAGUUUCUUUGGCUUCCUCAGUUCUCGAAACAACAUCAAACGGUUGUAUUUCUGUAGCAAUUGAUAGAGGAACAUCCUCAUCCUCUGAGCUUAUACAAUUAGCAUCUUGAACGGUUUAUCUUACAAUUAGCAGUACAAGCUGUUACAGAGUUUAUCUUACCUCUGAGCUUAUACAAUUAGCAUCUUGAACGGUUUAUCUUACAAUUAGCAGUACAAGCUGUUACAGAGUUUAUCUUACAUUUUCAAUUUCCUUUUUCUUUCA